CGCUGCAGUGAUUGCAGUUUCUUCCGAAAGUUUUAAAAACUUUUGGGCAUUUAUCGUGGGCAACUUUUAUUUGCAUUUGAAUGCUACUGUUUACUUUGCACUUGUGCUAGUUUGCUUAGCCACAUUUAUUGCAGAACGACGUUCUACCAGAGCUGUUCGUGCAUUAAGAGACUGCGCGGCACUGCGUGGAUAGAUUGCAAAAAAAGAAAUUUUGUGCAUUAGCUUAACUCCAUCCAAAGGUCAUUUUCCACAUGAAUUGUGAAGGGGAGCCGUCGGCCGGACUGGCGGCUGUGAUUCAGAAACUAGAGGAAUCCUUGCUCAACCCAGACAGCAGCACUGAGGAGAAAGCCCUCACAGUGCAAAGUGAUGAUGUGGAUUCCUUUUCCACACCAGUUCCUGCCCUCAUACGGCAGAUCAUCACCCGAAACCUGGCCGAUGGGCCUUCAGUUUCAGGUGCUGCUACUGCUGAGAACAGUGUACUGGAAGAGAACCGGCGUCUAAAGGAUCUGCUUUCACAGACCCGUAUUGACAGAGACCAGCUGCUCAGCAAGCAGGCCGUUUUAACCAGCAGGCUGGAGCAAAUGCUGACUCUGCAGUCAGGAGAGUCAGACCAGGAGAGUGUGUAUGGAGCAGAGCAGCAGAGACUGCGGGAGGAGAGCCGAGCGUACAGGCUCAAACUGCAGGCCUACCACGACAGCCAGCAGAAACAGGCCCAGCUGGUCCAUAAACUUCAGGCCAAGGUGCUUCAGUACAAAAAGAGAUCUGGAGAUCUGGAGCAGCAGGUGCUGGAGAAAACGUCCGAGUUGGAAAAGCUACGUCUCUCGCUGCAGUCUCACUUGGACUCCUCAGCUCAGAAGCUCCAGCGCUCAGAGCAGGAACACAACCUGGACACGCAGAGCAAACUUACCCUGCUGGAGGAGGAGCGGCAGAGGUGCUCCAGUCUAACCAAAGUGAACGCCCUGCUCCGAGAACAACUGGACCAGGCCAACGAAGCCAACCAGGCCCUUACAGAAAGCCUCCACAAGGCCCAAGAAGAGGCCAAGCAGAGAGAAAUGCAACUGAAAAGGGAACAGGAGGUGACCGCCUCCCGGUUGAGCCGUGAGCAGGCGCGUGGUCGAGCUCUCUGGCGCCAGGCUGCUUCACUGAGAAGCACCUUUACUCAGCUCAGGGCUUUUGCUGACAGGAGUCUUUCUGACAUGCGUGGGGAGUAUGCAUCAGUGAGCCGGAGGCUACAUGCGGCCUGCAUGAAUCUGGAGGCUGCUGUAAGCGAGCAGAAUGCCUCUACUGGCCUGGAGGUGUCAGCCCUGGAGAGACAGCUAAGAGAUAAACUGAGAGAAGCCAUGCAGCUCCAGGCCCACUUCAAUGUAGAGAAAAUGGAGUUCAACUCCAGGAUCCAGGGACUGGAGGACACAGUGAAGCAUCUACGAGUUCAAAACAGUGAGAAAGAGAGCAGCCUGGCAGCAUUGCAGAGCAGUCUGGACAGGGCGGAACUGAGUCGGGCUGAGGUCACAGCGGGGAGGGACACCUUACGCAGUGAGGUUGGCAGUCUACAGCAGAUCCUCUACAGCAUCCAACAGGCUGUAGGUGAGGAUGGGGACAGUAGCAGCUCAGACAGUCCAGGAGAAGAGAUUCUUUCCAUCUCCUCUGUCCAUCUCUCCUCUCCUCAGCGUGGUAGCACUCUGAAAGCUGUGCAAAGGGCUUUGUCCAAACGGCAGACACAAGCUCAGGAAUUACAGGAACGUCUGGAAGCUGCGCUGGAGCAGGCUGCCACUCUGCGUGAUCGGCUACAGGAUAGAGAGGCUGAGCGCAGGCAGCUGGAGCAGAGAAUCCAGCAGCUGGAGCAGGAGAACCAUCGUGCGGAGAGGGCUGGACAGGAGAGCAACAGAGAUGCCCAGAGAUAUCGCAACUCACUGGGCAUUAUCUCCAGUGAGAGGGAUGAUUUGGAGAAGCAGCUCUCUACCCUGCAGCACCAGUUAAACUGUGAUCAGGCAGAGUUGGAGCAUUUAAGGAGCUCUUCUGUAGAUAACCAGAGGCAGAGAGAGCUCCUCCGGCAGCAGAGGGAGGACCUGGAGAGGCAGCUGGCUCGAGAGCGCUCCGAAGCCGAGAGGGGUCAGCGGAGUAUUGAACAGCUGGAGGCCAAGCACUCGGAUGUGCGUAAAGAGCUGGUGACUGUAAAAGAAGCUCUGAGUCAGCUCACACUACAGAAAGAAGUACUGGAAGAUGAGAAAGGGAGCCUUGCACAGGCUCUGUCUAAGGCAGAGGCCCAGAAUGCCGAGCAGGAGUUGACGAUUACCAAACUGCAGAGCGAAGCAGCAGCACUUAGAGACUCCUUAGCCAAGAUGGGUGCCUUGAGUGAAGGCCUGGCCAAAGACAAGGUGGAGCUGAACCGUGUGCUGCUACAGGUGGAGACUGACAAGGCAGAGCUAAGUGAACGGAAAAGGGAGGUGGAGCUUGAGCGGACGGCAGCCAGGGAGGAGCUGGCACGCGUGCAGCAGGAGCUGCUGGACGUGACGGCCGAAAAGCGAGCUCUGGAGGCCACACACAUUCACCUCCAAGAGGCCCGAGGAAGUCUGGAUGCAGAGCUGAGCAUGCUGCAGAGGGAGAGGACCUCUAUACUGGAGCAGAUCGCCCAGGCCAGUAAGCAGAAGCAGGCAGCAUUGGAGCAGCUGAGUGUAUGUCGAAAAGAAGCUGAACUCCAGACUGCCUUGCUGCAGAGGACGGGCAGAGAGAGAGAGGAGCUGGCAAAGGACAAGGCCACGCUGACUGUCCAGCUCACCACAGAACAGCGAAAAGCCAAGGCGCUCACCCAAGAGCUGGCUGCUCUUCGAGCCGAGAGGGAGUCUCUGGAGUCAGCUCUGUUUGAUGGACAGGAGCUGAUCUCGUCUCUGGAGGCUGAUCAGUCUCGGUUAGAAGGAGAGAAAGGCAGUCUUCAGCAGGCUAAUGAGACUCUGACACGUGAGGUGUCUCGUGUCCAAAGUGAACUGGAGCAGCAGGUGUCCCAGGCUCUUCAGGAGAGACAGGCUCUGGAGCUGAAGCUAGCUCAGGCUGAGAGAAAUGCUCAGAGAAGCCUCGCCGCUGUUCAACACACUAAUCAGGAGCAACUGGAAGCUGAGCGCAAGGACAAGGAAUGUAUACGCCUGACCUUGACUGCACAGAAGGAGCAGGCUGAGGAGCAGCUGCGUGCGGAGUGUGAGGAACUACGUCUGCGCAAUCGCAGAGACUUGCAGCAGCUGCAGGAGCAGCUGGCCAAACUGCAGCAGCACUGCACAGACAGCCUGUUACAGGCCGAGUGCCACAAACAACAGGCACUGUCUGAGAAAGAGGCAGAAAAAGCAGCUCUGGCCGAACGUAUUCUCAUCCUGCAGCAGGACCUGGAAGCUGGCACGUUGGAGGUGGAGCGCAUGCACCGAGACUUCAUAAGCAAACAGGAACAGGAUAAGGACACAAUGGCAGGUCUGCAGAGCGAGCUGCAGCAGCUUCGAUCUCGUUUUGAGGAGUCUCUCAGUUCUCGAGAGAUCUCAGAGAAGAGACUGAAUGAGCAGAUCAGAGAAGUGUCUCUGCACAGGCAUGAGGCUCAGCAGGAGAUGGAGCGAUUGCGGAGGGAACUGGCUGAGGUGGAAGAAAGCCGAGAUGCUGGAAGGAGGGAGCUGAUUGAGGCUCAUCGGCAGCUCCGUGAGUGUGUUCAGGAGAGAGACGCCCAGCGUAGAGAGAGUCUGGAGCUGAAGAGAGCUCUGGGAGAUGAGAGCCGAGAGAGAGAGGCCAUCCACGCCUCCAAUCAGGAACUCCGGACUGCUGUCAAGAAAGCUGAGAGUGACAAUAACAGUCUGAAGAGAUCUCUGGAGGAGAGAGAGCAGAGAUUGUUGGUCCUAGAGGAGUGCAAGUCCUCCCUUCAGCAGGAGGCACUGAAACUGAGGUCCAGCCUGCGUGAUCUGGAGAAAUCGCACCUGCAUGCCCGCCGAGAAAUGCAAGAACUACGCCGAAAGGUAAAGACUCUAGAGGCAGAGUGUACCCAGCGGAGUCAGGAGCUGAGUGAAGUUCAGGCUCGUCUAUCUCAGGAGGAGCAGAAAGAGGAGGAGAGCAGGAGAGACAACUUUGCCCUCAAACAGAGAGUCUUGGAGAGUGAUGCAGGAAGAGAGGCAGCACUGAAGGAGAUAGCAGGCCUGCAGCGGCGUGUGUCUGAGCUGGAGGAGGCGCAGCGUGUCGAGCAGGAUGCCCAGCGUCAGCGUGAAAUCAGCAUUCAGCAGAGCCAGCAGUGCCAGCAGGAAAAGACUGCCCGUCUAGAGGCAGCUCUACAGGAGGAGCAGGUGCAGCUUAGAGAGCUGAAUGUGGAGUUGAGCCUAGAGCAGGGGCGAGUGCAGGGUCUGGAGGAGCAGCUGGCAAAGACUGAUGCUGCCCGCAUUGAUCUGGAGCGCAAGCUGAGCGGUCUGACAUCUGCCCUUAGACGCACUCUGGGCAUCGGGCGUGGGGCGAGCUCACCCACCCCGAGACUGAGAGGAAGGAACCCGUCACCAUGGAGAGCUAACUCUCCUUUUAAAGGAGGUGAUCAUGUAUCUAGCUCUUCUCCAACUCGAUCUGUUGGAGAGGAUGGAGAGCUGGAUCUGGACUCUGUGCAAGCGGCACUGCGCAACUUCCAGCAGGAGCUCAGAGACACCCAGAGAGAGAGGGAUGAGGCCCAGUCUCAGGUGCUGAAUCUGAGCAGGCAACUGACAGAUCUACAGGCUAAUCAGGAGAAGAGCAAUGCACGAAUCCAGCAGAUGAAGCGUACACUAAAAGAGCUGGAGCAGGGGAAACGUGAUUUGGCAGAGCGUUUAGAGAUGGCUCAGGCCUCACUUACAAUACAGGAGAAUGCAGUGCAGUGUGGAGACAGAGAGAGGAGGAUCAUGGGAGAGGAGCUGUCCAGGCUGAAGAGUAGCCUGCAAUCAGCCGAGGCAGGAACCAGAGCUCUACAGGAGAAGCUGGAGCGGGCCGAGGUGUCUGAGGCGAGUCUGGUUGAGGAGUGCAGGAAGCUGAAGGAGACCUGUAAGACCACGGAGGAACGAGCGUCCAGGUUUGAGAUCAACCAUCGUGCUCUAGAAGGGGAGCUGCAGCGCUCACGGCUCCACGCUGGAGAGCUGGAGACCGAGCGUGCCACCCUGCUGGAGAGAGUGACCAGUCUACGGAGGGAACUGGGGGAGAGCGAGCAGCACACGGCUCUGCUCAAGGUGGAGAGUGAGAGAGCAGCGACGGCUCUUGCCCGUGCUGAGCUUCAGGAGGCUCAGCUGCAUGAGAGGCUGCAGAACCUGACAGCAGCACUGAGUGAGAGUAACAGCAGCAGAGGAGCUGCACAGGAGCAGGCCGCUCAGCUUCAGAGCACUCUCUCUGCCAGCGAGCAUGAUCGCAGGACACUACAGGAGCAGCUGGACAAGGCUCGAGACACUCUUUUAGAUGCUAAGAAACAGAACCACAUCCUGAACGACAAGCUGCAGAACCUGCUGAGGACUCAGGAUGACUCAGAGCUCAGAAUCACAGAAAUGGACAAACACAUAUGCAGCCUGCAGGAGGCUCUGCGGCAGCAGGAACAGGAGAAGCAGGAGGCCCAGGGUGGCUGUGCAUUUCUGCGGAGGGAGAAAGGAGAGCUAGAGGAGCAGGUGAACACCCUACAGACCUCACUUCAGGGCCUGCAGGAGGACAAGACGCAGCUAGAGAAGGCUCUUACUCGCCUCGGCAAAGACAAAUCCUCCCUUAAACGCACCCUUGAGAAGGUGGAGCAGGAGCGACGGAGGCGGGAAGAGCAGGCACUGUGCGUUGGUCAUCAGAAGGAGCAGCUGGAGCAGACAGUAUGCAGUCUGGAACGGGAACUGAGUGAUAUGCAAGCAGAAACUAACACGCUAAAGUCCCAGCUUUCCCAUAUGGAGCAGGCUCAUGCGCAGCGCCUCCUGGAGGUAACAACUCGCCACAGACAGGAACUAGAGCUGGAGACAGGCCGUCUGCGUGGUGCCCAGCAGCAGGCAGAGCGGGCACUGGAAGCUCGAGAGAAAGCCCACCGCCAGAGAGUCCGUUGCCUUGAGGAACAGGUAUCCACACUAAAGGAGCAGCUGGAACAGGAGAUGCGCAGGAGACAGACCUACAUGAGCCAAAUGCUGAAGCCCGGGUCCUAAACAUGUGUGUGUGAGAUUUGGCCUGCUGUAUCUGAAUUCUAAGGCCAUGGAAUGGAGCGAAGCCCAUGUGUCAUCACACACUCCCUCUGCCGUCUCUCAUUAUGGAGCUGGGCCAACAUGGCUCGCAGUGGCUACUCAGACGGAUGUCCACAUAAUAAGCGGUUUUAACGGACGCACGCGAACACACACCCCCACACCCCCACACUCUUACUCAAAGAACAAGAAAUCACUCGCAGGACUGUUGGACUACAUGAGCACAAAUCCCCACAGUAAUCCUGAUUGACACCGUAAAAAAACCCAACAACAACAAACAAAGAGAUCACUGUUUCCCCAAAAUGCUCAGCAAGUGCCAAAUUGUUUUAAGGAUUUGCUCGGCAUGCGGCUGAGGCGUGUGUUAGUGUGCUCUGUGUGUCCCUGUUGGCCUGAUGAUGAUUGCUACAAUGUGAGGAUGGCAACCGCUAGGUUACCUCUUACACACACACACACACACACACAUUGUUCUUACUAUCCUUAUGAGGACCUUCCACUGACAAUUAUUAAUGUCUACACCUAAAUCUAACCCUAACCUUAACCUCAGUAAACAAAAAUAAACAUUUUUUCUGUUUUUUUUUUUUAAAUAUAAGCUGCAUUUUGUUUGUAAAAAACAAAACAAAAAAAAAAACAGUUUUGGGCAUGGGCACCAGUCAAAUGACCCCAAAAGGUCAAAAUUGUCAUAUAUUCCUAUCUUUGUGGGGACAUUUAGUUUCCACCAAGAUAUAAACGCAUACAAACACACAAAAACACACACACAAACACACACUCAAAAAAAAUAUUGUGCACUUUUAUGGACUUUGUCGUGCGUCACUUAUUUAAUAAGUUUAUUACAUGUAACGACAUCAAGCUUAAUGAUAAUGAGAUCCAAUGGUUUUCAUCUGUCAAUGUUUAGGUCACCUUUGAGGUCAGAAUCAAAGCGUAGCAUUCAUGACUACCUAGUGAAGCCAUUUAGAUUUUUUUGAUCAUAUUUAAUGUUAAUCAUUUUAAUGACUUAAUGUCAGUUGAUUUAAUAUCAUGAUGAUUUCAGCACUGUGUUAAUCCUCAAACAUGCUUGCUGAUCUUUUGUGAACAAUUAAGAAAAAUUUGCGUGUGUUUUUGUUUUUUUCCAGUUCCACUCCAUGAAAUGAUUUUUUAUGAGCCAAUAAACCCACAAUGAGUGAUGAAACAAUGA